AUGGCCCGUCCAAAGAGAGUUCUCUCUUUCAUGUCAGAAUGGGGUGGGAAUAGGCUCCACCGCCGCAACACGUCGACCGCCUCGACGCCCGCUGCCUCUCCGGCGCCUGCAUCCCCGACCGUUGCGACCGCGCCGCCCAAAGAACCGAACGCGUCGUCGUUCUCCGUCGCCUCUGCCAGCUUCGACAACCAAGAAAACUCGCCGAGUCCUGACCCGCACGCGCUCCCAGACCAGCGGCGCUCCUCGCGGCCCUUGUCCAUGAUACAGACCUACCAGCCGCCCGUCAUGGAGGUUGGCCAGGACACUCUCCCCGAGCUGCAACGUAUCUUCAUGUUCCUGAACAGCCACUCCAACAAGCUGUACCAAGAAGGCUACUUUCUCAAGUUUCACGACACCGACUCUCGCGGCCGCCCCGCUCCAGACCGCGUUUGGCAGGAGUGCUUUGCCCAACUGGCAGGCACCAUCCUGUCGUUGUGGGACGCGAGCGAACUGGACAGGGUCAACCCUGACCUCUCUACAAAUGAUGCAGACGUCGUGCCGACAUUCAUCAACCUGACGGACGCUGCCAUUUCCAUGAUGCCCUCGAUGACGCUGGCGGACGGCAAGAAGCUCGACAAUAUCCUAAGCAUAUCCACCGCUGCGAGCAACAAAUACCUGUUCCACUUCAACUCCUUCAACUCCCUCACGCAGUGGACCGCUGGUAUCCGGCUCGCCGUGUACGAGCACACCUCGCUACAGGAGGCCUAUACUGGAGCGUUGAUCGCUGGCAAGGGAAAGCAAUUAAACAACAUUCGCAUACUCCUGGACCGACAGCGUGCCAAAUAUGAAGACUGGGUCCGUGUGAGGUUUGGUGCAGGGACGCCGUGGCGCCGGUGUUGGUGCGUUGUUAGCCCGCCCGAUGAGAAGGAAUACGCGAAACUGCAGAAGAAUCAAAAGAAGAAAGACGUGUACAACCGAAAUCCUACUGUACUCAAAGGCGACAUCAAGUUCUACGAUUCCAAAAAGGUCGGCAAGAAGACACGGCCGAUUGCGACGGUCACGGACGCCUAUUCAUGUUACGCCAUUUACCCGCAGUCGAAGCAGCUCAUUGAUCAGUCAACAUUGGUGAAAGUAGAGGGCAGGAUCACGGUUCACUCAAAGCCCGAGCAUACGACCGAGGGAUUCGUCUUCAUCAUGCCAGAGUCUCGUCCAGCCAUUACUGGAUUCGAAAUUAUGCUCCAAUUCCUCUUCCCCGUCUAUGAUACCUUCGCAUUGUACGGACGUCCAAACAAGCUCGUUGCGGAUGUCUUGGACACUCGUGGUCUCAUGUUUGCAAUGCCGCCGGACAGGCGUUACGGCUAUCUAGAGAUGUGGGAUGUCGUAUCUUUGAUCCACACCGAAGGCAGCGACAGCUGGACAGAGCGACAAUGGCGCAAACAGCUCAAAGAUCUGACUUCCAAGCGAAUGGCAACAAUGCCUCGAACGCGCAGCAGGACUAGCACGACUAGCAGAGCAGGAACACGGAGGAACACCUUGCAAAGCCGGACCAAUGUUCCUCUCUCGCGCAGUGGGACCCUAAGGUUUGAGGAGCCAGGCUCCAUACAUUCGCAACCUUCCACGCGCCAGCCAUCUCCGACCUUAGUAGAAGGUGUCGAGCCACAGGCACCACAAAGAGUCGACUCAGCACCGCCUAGCACCGCAUUCACAACCUCUCGUCAUCAACGAUCUGUGUCGGAACAGGUUCAUGGCUACAAACAGCCAUCCUCUCGCCUAGCACGGUUCGAAAGCCCCGAAGAUUUGUCAAAUGGUCAGAUCAAUGGCACAUCCAGGCCUAUAGAUGAGCCCGACAGUUCUGAGCCUCCCAGCCCAGACUCGGCUGAGGAACCUCGAAAUCUCCCUGACGUUCAAAUCGCACCCUCAGCUCCGCCACAAGGCCCUGUAGCGUCUCCCCCUACCUUCGCUCAUGCUCCGGGACAAAAACCUCCUGUGCCAGUGCAGCACCCGGGCACGAAGCCUAAUGCCAACAUGGACCCUGCAACAUUGCACCAGCUGGUAGACGCAACGAAUGCAGCUAUCCCUGGGGGAAUUGCUGUCGCCGGCGCCGCUGCUGCAUGGAAAGGUCAAGAUGGCUCUAAUGGUGCACGAAACGGCAAUGCUGGGAGCGAAAACUAUCAAAAUGACACCGCCAAUCACCUAUACGCCGAGGGUGCGUACAACAGCUACUCUGGAUAUCCUGGUAAUCGUCUUUCGACUAUUCCUGCAUCACCUUUUGUCGAGCAGGAUCAGUUUGUAGGACCGCCUGCAACGUACCAACCUUCCGGUCCUCCUGUGCCUGAGCACGUCGAGCUGCCCCUGCGUCAAAACAACGACGAAUAUGCUCAGGGUGCGUUUUAUGAGAAUGAAAGGAGCCACAUUCAGCGCAAGCCAGUUCCAGGUCGGUCAUUGCCCCUACGAGGGGACGACACCCGCUCAACUCACUCAACAACAAGCUCAACUCUAGACAGUUUACGAAACGACAUAAUCGACCCCGAAGCCCUCGACCGCCUCGAGUACACCGACCCAGCGUUGCUGAGACAAGCAAGUCAGUCAAGCAGCAGGUAUAGCCGUGAUGAUGCCCUGUCUACCUCCACCCCGGAUUAUGCCAGCACAACAAGCGAAGAAGCACAGCCUCAGCAAUCAGUACGUCGAAACGCAGAUCGACCACGCAGUGGCAUGCUCAAGUUUGUGGGAAAUCCAGAUCUCAACCCCAAAUCGGAGUUUGUUGUUGGUGAUACGCAUUACAAACCCGCUGCAAAGCCGCUUGAGGUGACAUCCGAUAUGCCAGCAAUCGACUUCGGCCCCACAUAUCUACUGGAUCCAAGUACCAAACGCCCCGGUACCAGUGGUACCAUGACACAAGGCAUGCAUGACAACAGCUUCUCUCAAUCAAAGGAAAAUCUGGCGCUGUCUGCGAGCGAGCAGAAACGGCAGUCAUAUUCGGGUAGAACCACACCAACCAUGUCGAUGCAUAUGCGUACUACCUCCGGUUCGCCCCAAAUCUCAGAGAAUCGUAGCGUGGCUUGGCAACCUGGAAUGGUGUCUCAGCCUCAUCCCAAUAGCCAGAGGGUGGAAGCCGAAGAAUGGGUAGCUCAACGUGCUGCCAUUCCGGGCCAAGCAAUGACGCCUCCAGCAUACGCUCAUUCUAGAACCAAGUCACACACUCCGCCUGUAAGCCGAACGCAUUCGGGUGAUUGGUCACAAUCCUUUGGUGUGGACAAUAGUCCAGCACGGCCGCCAAGCCGUCCACUCAGUCGACCUUUGUCACGAGGUGCCGGCCAGCUUCUUGAACAACGUCCAACGUCCUUGCUCGUGGAUAAACGCCCUACGAAUCUCAGCGCCCGCGAACAGGAACAGGUUGCGAGGAUAACAAACACGCCGCUUAUUGACAUAAAUAAAAAACCGAAAAUGGAGCAGAGGCCGUCCUCUGCAGGAUUGACCGCAUAUAUUGACUAUCGGGAAAAGGAAAAGGCCGCUGCAAAGGCGAAUCAUAGUACAUCGGCAAUGCAAAAGGAGAUUGACCGACGGAUGAUGGCUGCACAGCAGCGUCAGAUGAUGGAGAUGCAACAGAUGGGGCAGCAACCUCAAAUCGGUCAGGCAAUGGCCACGACUCCCGGGGGAUAUGCGACGCCAAACAUGAUGGCUUCACCACAGGGGUACCCGCAAGCGUACAUAUAUUCUACACCGGGACAGAUGCAACAGACAUAUCCGCAGCAGAGCUAUUUCCCGCAGCAGAGCAUGAUGACUCCGAUGCCCGGCCCGAUGCCCGGCGGUUGGGGCACUCCAAGCCCGCAGUCUAUGCCGGCGCAGUACUUCAUGCAGCAGCCGCAGCAGCAAUACCAGCAACAACCUGCUACGCAGCCGUACGGCGCGAGCUUCGAUCAGGCGCAGGCGGCGGCGAGAUAUGCACACCAGCAGGGACAGCAGCGUAGACACUAUUAG